GCGGAAAUGUAUCGUCUUCAUUCUUUGCGGCACAUCGUGGACCUGAUGCUCCUGUUCGAACGGAGUGGAGUAUGUUGGUGACACCGCGCAAGAGUCCCUGUAGGUCUGUCCCCGUGCACAGGAUCCCCCUGAACUCUGUGACCCCUGUGAAGGACUUGCUCACACUUGGAGAUGGAGGGCACGCUGAGUUCAUUUGUCCUAACCCUGUGGAUUUCAGAACGAGAUCAACCACCACCUCCUCUCUCUCACAAUGGGAGAGGACCUGCUUUGGAAAUCAGACCACUCGGGGCCUUCGUCCGUGUCAAACGGGGAACACGUCCCUGGACACACUGUGUCAGGCUUCGGCUGACUCGCCAGCCAAAAUAUUUGCCAGAAUGAAAGCAAAACUGGUGAAUGGCAGGGGGUUUUCGGCCACACAGAGACAGACCUCGAGCGAAGAUGCGCACCAGGGGCUGUUUAAAACUCCCAAGAAAAGCGUGAACCAGGAUCUUGAGCAGAGUCAUGAAAUGGAGAUCCUAACGCUGUCCCCAUCACCAUCAACAGCAGCCUGUGGAAGAAGCCACAGAUUCCAAAGGGGUUUGUCACAGAGCGAGGCCACACUUCACGGAGGACAGCCUGGAAUCCUUAAAGGCACCAGCACUGCAAGUGGUGUGAGUUCUCCGCUAAAAUGGGCAAGUUCCGCAUGCCCCAGUGCCCAUGGUGUGCAACAUAAAGAAUGGAAACAACCCAUGUGUACAAAUGGAAGUGAUCACAAGAUGCCAUAUGUCUUACCUCAAGUUCCCACGAGUAACCUGCCUUUUUUCAACACACUGGGAGCAGAGCUUCCACACAGCUCUCCAGCUAAGAUGUUUGCCCAGAUGAAAGAGAGAGUGCAGCUGAUGCAGCGGCAUGAAGAAAACAACCGCAUAAAAAGCACUGUAGAUAACAGAAAUGGAAAUUACAUUAAUGAAUCUCAUAAGCAAAGUCCAACAGUGAGGAGUGGGGAUGAUGGUGAUAGUGAGCUUUCCCUGGACAAGGACUUCACUGUGGAUGUGCCCAGCAUUGCAUCCAGCAGAUCAAAUGCUCCAUCAGAUAUUUGCACCUCUCUGGUGGCUGCGGAGCCAGUAAAUGGGUCCCCUGUGCCUGCGUCCAAAGGGCCUGUUGAUCAGCACCUCUGCAAACUCAUGGAGGACCCCCUAUUGCAGAGAACUCCUAGGAUCUGUAUCCCGAAGAAGAAAGCAAUGGAAUUUCAGAGUAUUGUAGAGUCAGAGUCAUCAGCAAAAGCAGAGGUUGCUGGAAGUAUAGUUCAUCUUAGGCAAUGGCAGAUCAAAGUAAUACAUAAUGGCUUCUUUGUGGAUGGGGUGCGCAUGGACAACAAACUUCCAUGGCAUAGCAACAUAAUUGCUCAGCGAGUUGCAUGCAACAUCCUGAAGACAGUCACUGGCAGCACUUAUGUGCUAGUGGGCAACAUGGUCCAAGACAACAAUUCAACAUUACCCAAGUGGCUGUUGAAGAAGUUUCUUUUUGGUUUUCCUGAAAAGUGGAAAGAUUAUCUGGAGACUUACUUGUCACAGUUAAAAAGUUCAGACUCUGAUCCAAAGAAGCUUGGGAACAACAGCACUGGCUCAAGAAUGCCCCAGAGGCAGAGUAAAUGUACAACAAAAGAACGUGCUCUUGUAUCUGUCACCCCUAAGGCCCACAAAAUUUCUGCUUCUUCUAUCCCCAGAAGCCAGCAAAGUGUCCCCAAGGUUUCUCGCAGUGGAAGGCUAAUCAAACCCCCUCUGGAGUACUGGAAGGGGGGAAGAAUUGUCAUGGAUGCAGACAUGAACAUCACAAUCCAUGAGGAUUAUGCAUCCAUGUCUGCCUUGCACUUGAAUAAAUCAUUGUCGGUUGCCUCAUCACAAGAAGAGAAAAAUACGAGAUCAACAAAGUCCCACACAGCAGUAAAAGACGGCAUGGGGAGCCAGUCCAGCUCCUCUGAUGAAAAGGAGACAUCAAGCCUUCAGAGGAGGGUUAAGUCAUGUACCCAGCUGAGUCACAGAAGGCAGCGCAAAAAGGAGCUCCUGCAUGUUCCCAGUCCAUCGAGGAAUCAAAAUGCAAGGGAAGCAAAGCAGUCUGCCAAAAGGUCCAAGUGCAGGAAAGGAGGAGAGAAGCACCACAGUGCGGAACUUGCUUCAGACUCAGAACAAAGUGCAGGAACUUCACAAGGGAGCAGGAUAAGCGUGAUGAAAAAUCAAGCCAAGAGUCAAGCGUGCAUUUUUGAGAGAGCUACAGACAAGGUGCAAACAAAUAUUGAAGCAAAUGAUUUGGUUACAGGGGUGGAGCACCCCACGUCACAGCUGGACAGCGUCCUACUUCAGAGAAACCAUGUCAGGAGUCAGGCAGCAAAGGGUGCAGGUCACAAGAAGGACACGGCAAGUAGCUUCACGGAGGAGCCUCCAACUGUGCCAAAGACUUCCUCCCAGAGAAAACGAGGAAGGGCGAGCACAAGCAAACCCCUUCGAGUCCUAGGCAGCAAGGGGAGCCAGAGGGACACCAAGGACUCUGAGACAGACAGCCGUUCCAAUUCAGCCACCCAUCGUGUUUUCCAACUAAGGUCUCAGAGCAGAACAAGGAGACAGGGAAACUUGACUGACACGUCAGACGCAUCACAGAACCUCCGCAAGAGCAACUACCUGAGUGAAGAAUGCAGUUCUGAUUCUGGUUCCUCAAAGAUUAUCACGAGUGACAUGUGUCAUUUGGUUAAAUCAAUAUCCAGAAAGCAAGUGCCUGCUCAGAUCCACAAAGGGGACCAAAAGCAAGAGGAUGACUCCUCCCAGACUGCAAGUGAUACGUCAGGUAGCAAAGGUAAACGGCCUGUAAGAAAGUGCAGUGCCUCAGCAGUGAGCAACCGUGUUCGGAGGCCAACUGAGGCUAGACUGCCAAAUGGCCAUCUCAAUGGAACUUUGCCAAAAGCUGGGAAAAGAUGCAGUGCAGUGGCUUCCAGCGAUUCAUCCUCCCCAGAGGACUUCCGACGGCGCGAAAAGGGCGUACGUGUCAAGGGUGUGGCAGGUCCCGGAGAGAGCACCCAGCUCUCUGAAAAGAAGCAAGAAGCAAGCAGAGGUGGGAAAGGAACGAAUAAGGAGAAUGUCAGAGUACCCAUACACACAGAGGAGGAAGGCGAUGAUGAUGACAUGUGGACUGAAAAAGAACUGGAUAAGCUGCGAAAGGCUGUAACUACCCUGCCCAAGCAUAAGAGUGGCUUCUGGGUAAAUGUUGCCAUGAUGGUGGGCACACGUUCUGCCGAGGAGUGCCAGGAGCAGUACGCACAGCAGCAGAUUGUGAAGGCCCGCUACAGAUUGAGAAGGAGCACGGCACUCACUUCUACGAAGGAAGCAGACAAGGAAACGCUUCAGAUAACGGCAAAAGUUGGCACACUAAAGCGGAAGCAGCAGAUGAGGCAGUUUCUGGACCACAUGCCAAAAGACAACCAUGAUGACAUCUUCACAAGCUCACCUCUGCAGAACAAACGUGUGAAGUUGCCGACACUGUCCACAAAUGUGGAAGAUCAUGUGUUCCAGCACCUGGAGCACAACCAGACACCCAGAUCCUCCAGCUUCCCACAAGUGAAAACACCCCAGUGUCUUCAUAUCAGUCCCGGAAUGCUGGGCUCUAUCAAUCGACACAACAAUGACAGGUAUGUGUACCAGCUCCAGAAGAAGAUGCGGAAAGGCCGGGCUAAUGUGCACGCUCCAGCCACCUCCCAGGAACACAAGUUUACCCCGGCAUCUUCCCAGAAGUGUGUGAGGAGGAGAAUAAAUGAAGAAAAUGAUUCCUUAGUCGUCUGGGAAAUGUUUUCUGGUAAAGAAGCUGCUCCCCUGCCUUCGGAUGACAGCGGGGAAGAGGAUUAUUAUUUUUCCGACAAUGACUGAAAUGCACUGCUGCAGCUGGGCACUUUUAAUUGUUCCCUUUCAUUUUCUUUGCUUAUUGUAGAAUAAAGGGGGGCGGGUUGUACAUAUUUUAAAUAUUUUCAACUUUUACAUGGUUCUUUCUUGGUUAAAACUUAAACUAAAUACCCAGUAGAUUUCUUACAGAACAUUUGUGUCAUUCUCCUACACAUUAAACCAAAUACAGUUAGAACUGAUCCUGUAUAAAAUUGGUCUUGACAUGUGCU